UUUCUGUUGAGAUCGGUACCCGAUUCCAGAUGCUCAUCAGCAUUCUUUUCUACACAGGCACGCAAGUGACAUUUCCCGUGGCAAAUUUGCUUUUACAAACCUUAUCUCUUUGAAGUUUGAACAGAACCCAGAAUAAUUCUGUAUAAAUAAGCCAAUUUUCAUGGUUCAGGACAAGUAGAAGAACUUUGUUCAGCCUAGAGAGAAAAAAGAUGAUGAAAGGCAUGGCUUGUUCGGUCCUGUUCAUGGUGGCCUCAGUCCUAAUCAUGGUGCAGGCAGGGCGGGCCAUGAGUCGGCUGACAUGCGGUCAAGUGGACACAUUACUGGCUCCAUGCAUACCUUAUCUCACACAUGGCGGUGAACCGGGACCGGAAUGUUGCAACGGCGUGAGAAGCACAAAGGCUUUGGCUCAAAACAGAGAGGACAAGAGGCAAGUCUGCAUCUGUGUAAAAGAAGCUGCCAACCGGUAUGCAAACCUUGAAGAUGACGCUGUGCAAGCCCUGCCGGUCAAGUGUGGCGUCGACGUGGACAUUCCUGUCUCUCGGAAAAUAAAUUGUGAUGUCAUCAACUGAAAUGAUGGGGGAGAAAUGAACGGGAGGCUCUUGGACGUUUUUCAAUCUCUGCCUUAUUUUGCCCGUUUGGAGAAUAAAGAAUUCCAUGGGUUUGAGACCCAGAUCAGAUGUAAUAACCUAGUGGGAUGCAAGUUUGGUUUUGGAUAUUCUUUUCUUUUCUACUAAAUAAAUAAGGAUUCAUUCACGCAACGAACUCGUCCUUACAAUAAUACAUGGUGAAAUUUAUAGUC